AUGGAUGAGUCGGCUCAAUGUAGCCCCACAUCAAAUGAACCUAAACGUGUAGAGGACCAUGGUAAGUGUCCAGGCAUUAUAGCGGCAGGUGCACAAUGCAGAGCCGACCAUAAACCAGAUGUUGCACUAUUUCCUGUUGAAGAAGAGUCCGUACCAGGUCAGCUUCUGCUACCUUUAGAGUGCGUCGAGUGA